CGAAUCAUACCAUUCUCUUUAUAAACUCAUCACUCAAAAUGAAUUUGUUGCAAUUGUAAAAAGAAAAACCAAAACAUGGCUAGCCGGAGAGAAGUACGGUGCCGUUGCGGCAGACGGAUGUUGGUUCAACCAGACGUCCGUGCCAUCCAAUGCCCAACCUGCCACAACGUCACGCAGGUCUACUCGCUGGUGGACGUAGCACGCGGUGCGCAACGCAUAAUUAAUGGGUUUCAACAGCUACUUAGACCACAUCAACCACCGCAACAUCAGCAUCAUCCACAACAACAACAACAAAUGAUGGCUCAACCGCCACCGCCGCCGCGGCUGCUCGAGCCUCUUCCCUCGCCGUUUGGGAAGAAGAGAGCAGUUUUAUGCGGCGUGAACUAUAAGGGAAAAAGCUACAGCUUGGAAGGUUGCAUCAGUGAUGCUAAAUCCAUGAGAUGUUUCUUGGUUCAAAAAAUGGGUUUCCCUAUUGACUCUAUUCUCAUGCUCACAGAAGAUGAAACCAGCCCGCAGAGAAUACCGACGAAGAGAAACAUUAGGAAGGCAAUGAGAUGGUUAGUUGAAGGGAACAGAGCGAGGGACUCACUUGUGUUUCAUUUCUCUGGUCAUGGAUCUCAGCAGAAGGACUACAAUGGAGACGAGAUUGACGGUCAAGAUGAAACCUUGGCCCCUUUAGACCAUGAAACUGAAGGAAAAAUCAUCGAUGACGAGAUUAACCGGAUACUCGUGAGGCCGCUCGUCCAUGGAGCUAAGCUUCACGCUGUCAUUGACGCUUGUAACAGCGGGACUGUCCUUGAUUUACCCUUCAUUUGCAGGAUGGAGAGGAAUGGUUCUUAUGAGUGGGAAGAUCAUAGAUCAGUCAGAGCUUACAAAGGAACAGAUGGUGGAGCAGCUUUCUGUUUCAGUGCUUGUGACGAUGAUGAAACCAGUGGUUACACUCCUGUGUUCACGGGGAAAAACACAGGAGCCAUGACUUAUAGCUUUAUAAAGGCGGUGAAGACAGCUGGACCGUCACCCACGUAUGGCCACCUGCUUAACCUUAUGUGUUCUGCAAUACGAGAGGCCCAGUCUCGCCUCGCCUUGAACGAGGACUACACAAGCUCUGAUGCAUCCGCGGAGCCACUGCUAACAUCAUCUGAGGAAUUUGACGUGUACGCUACAAAGUUUAUACUCUGAAUUAAUGUUGUACAAAUACAGAUUGCCUUAUUCUGCAAAUAGCUGGGAAACGUUAACCACAUAAACACCUACUUUUUCUAUGUGCCUGUAUCAUCUAGUGGUGAUGUCUGUAACAAAACUGUUAAGUCUCUCUCUCUUUCAUUCCAGCAAUAAAGGCUAUAAAAAUUUAUGCGUA